CCUAUGCUGAAAAAAGAGCAACAAGCCCUUUACUCUACCAUCCAAGGCUUUGUGGGGAACUGGUGGAAUGGUUCUGAUCUCUAUCCAGAUCCUUGUGGCUCGACUCCGAUACAGGGAGUUUAUUGUGAUCUGUACAAUGGUUUCUGGUAUGUUGCUGUUAUAGACAUUGGACCGCUUUACGACAACUAUCUUCACUGCACCCCAAAUGUAGAGUUUUCACAUCAUCUGUUCAAGCUCAAGCACUUAAAGGUUCUCUCAUUCUUCAAUUGCUUCCUCUCACCAAUUACAAUUUCCCAUUUAAACUGGGAAAAGCUUUCAAACAGUAUAGAAUCCUUGGAAUUUCGAUCAAACCCUGGUCUCAUUGGGAGAAUUCCAAACACUUUUGGUUACCUUAAAAAGCUACAAUCUCUAGUGCUGCUAGAAAAUGGGUUACAAGGCAAGUUGCCUAAUCAAAUAGGCAAUUUAGUCCACUUGAGGCGGCUUGUCCUAGCCGGAAACAAUCUUUCUGGUAGGAUUCCAGCAAGUCUUGGAAGACUGACUAAGCUUUUGAUACUUGAUGCAAGCAGAAACCAGCUAUCUGGUUCAUUACCUGUGACUUUAGGAUCUUUGACUUCACUUCUAAAGCUUGACUUAAGCAACAAUAUGAUAGAGGGAAAGUUUCCUGUAGAGCUUGGAAGGCUAAAGAAUCUCACACUACUAGAUCUUGGCAGCAACAAAAUUUCAGGUUGGUUGGUUCAGUCACUUGAAGAAAUGGUUUCUAUAAAACAAUUGGUGAUGUCCAACAAUCCAAUUGGGGGAAGUCUCAUCAGAAUUCAGUGGCAAAAUCUACACAAGCUGGAAAUUUUGGACCUUUCAUGCACAUAUUUAAGAGGGCACAUUCCUAAGUCCAUGGCAGAAAUGAAAAGGCUAAGGUUUUUGGGGCUUAACAAUAACAAACUAUCAGGUACAAUAUCUCCAAGGCUGGAAUCUCUGCCUUGCAUUGGUGCUCUUUACCUUUAUGGAAACAAUUUCACAGGAGAAGUUAAAUUCUCAGAAGGGUUCUAUCGGAAAAUGGGGAGGCGAUUUGGAGCUUGGAACAACCCGAAUCUUUGUUACCAGGCUGAAUCAAGUUCACCAAAGUAUGUUCCUCAUGGUGUAAAACCAUGCCAGCAAGAAACAACUAUUUCCUCUGAUAAGUUUCCAAAUUCCAAGUUAUAG